AUGGCAGCUGAAGUUGAUGUCCGUGCUGUCGCUAAAUUCGCUUCCGUUCCAGAGACAACUGUGGUGGCAGUACUCGAGCACCCUACUGUUCAGCUCGUCCGCUCUCUUCUCCAUAACAUUGGUGUGAAGGCACAGGAAUAUGACCAGCUCAAAUCUCAGAAAUUUCGAUUGGAGGUGGAGCUAGAAACAGCUGUUCGAACAAGCGAAUCCAAAGUCAAGGCUCUACGAGGCUCACUUGAAAAAGGUCUCGCGGAAGUCACGAGGCUUCGGACCGAGCUACAGAAUUCAGAAAAUGCUCGAUCGAAGGCGCAACACGAAAUUGAGCAGAUUCGGUCUGCCAAUUCUCAAGACGCUGCUGAGGUGUCCACAUUAAAAUCUCGGGUGUCCUCUCUCGAAGCUGCCAACCGUGAUACCCUAGCUGUGCUCGACUCCAAGUCUACGGCUUAUGAUAAGUUGGCGGAAGAACUCUCUAGCCAACAACAGAAAGCACAGACCCUCCGACGUCGUGUGUCCGAGCUCGAACAGAACCUACAAAGCGCAAAUUCCGCCGCCGCAAGCACACGAUUCAGGGAACAGAGUUUGCAGCAGGAGCUUGAGUUGCUGAAGAGGAACAAUGAAUGGUUCGAGACGGAGCUGAAAACCAAAAGUGCUGAUUACCUAAAGUUUCGAAAAGAUAAGAGUGCUCGAAUUAGCGAAUUACAACAACUCAACGAGCAAUACAUCUCUGAAGCAGAGUCCUUACAGCGGUCAGAGGCAGCGCUGCGAAGCCGGUUAGACGAUCAAAUCCAAAAAUUUGAAGACUCCUUGACCACCAUACAAGAGCUUCGGGAAGAGGCUGUGCAAGCAGCCGAUGCCUUCCGUGUUGAGCUUGACAGCGCGGGCCGUCUAGCUGAUUUACAGAAAGCGUCUGCCGAUACUGCGAAACAACGGGCGCAAGAGCUGGCGAUCGCAUUAGAGGAAGCCAAGGAGGAAGCUGCGGAUGAGAUUGGGAGGAUUAGAGCUGAGGUGGAAACGGAGCAUAAUGAUAAGGUGGCGGCCGAGCAGCGCAUUAGCGAGCUCGAGUCGACGAUCGAACAGCUUCAAUCAGAGCUGGACCUACUCAAAGCUCAACCAAACACACCUCAGCGCAUCAACGGCCAUGGAACAAUGGACCCAACCCAUCCUGAUACUCCAACAGGAGUCUUUUCCCCUGGCUCAGCUUCACGCGUCAAAGGGAAUUUGUCGAUGACACAGAUGUUCUCUGAGUACAAGAAAGUAGAGCGAGAGCUAGCUAGUGAGAAACGCCAUGCAGAACAGCUGUCGAGAUCGCUCGAGGAAAUGGUAGAGAAUCUAGAGAAAACGCAACCUGAAAUUGACGAGUUGCGCGCCGAUCAUGGGAGGCUGCAGGGUGAAAUGGUAGAAAUUUCAACGCUCAGAGACAAAGCAACAAAAGAGCGGGAUACUGCGGUUAGGGAAAUGCGAAAAUUGCAAGGCCAAGUUGAUCAGCUUCGAAAGGAGCGUGAUGUUUUUCAACAGCAAGUCCGCGACGAAAGCUCACAAAUCAAGAUACUUCUCAUGGAACAACACUUACGCGAAAAGGGCCAAGAACUAUCACAAGAAGAGCUCAAAGACUUACAAAGAGCAGCCGUAGGCGAUCAGAACGAUCUGGCUGCCAUGAGCGACACAGGUCGAGUCAUUAGUGAGAACCUGACAGUUUUCAGGAACAUCAUAGAGCUUCAAGAGCAGAACGUCAAGAUACAGAGUAUGCUGCGGCAGCUUGGAGAGCGAAUGGAAAUUAGCGAGGCGAACGAGAAACAUCCGUCACGACAACAGGAACAUGAAGAGCUUGAAGCGCUCCGUGCCAGGGUGACCAUGUACAAAGAUGAGCUGCAAAAUAUGGUCACCCAGUCAAAGAGCUAUAUCAAAGAGCGCGAUAUGUUCCGAAAUAUGCUCGUGAGACGUGGUCAGCUUCCAGCGCAAGUCGAAGCGGGCGCCUUUGCUCAAUCAAUGCCGUUGCCAGCUGCAGGUUCUCCAUCUCGUGGCAUGGCUGGUAGCCUGCAAGGCUCGAUUACUGGUGAGGAAUCGGACUAUGCUAAGCUGCUCAAGGACCUACAACAUCAUUUCGAUUCUUACAAGCAAGAAGCUGCCACGGAUAAUACAGCGCUCAAGAAUCAGCUGAAUGAGCUAUCGAAACGAAAUUCCCUGCUGCAAAUCGACUUGAGCAAGCAAGUCAGUCUCUUGAGCGCUGCCAAUCAGAGGGGGGAAAUGCUGCAAGCAAAUUACAACAUGCUCAAAGCUGAGAGUGUUGAGCUCCAGAAACGUUCAGAGGCAAUUCGCGAGAAUGCCACAAAGCAGGAAGUUAGGACACAACAAGCCGCGGAAGAGCUAGUUGAAGCAAGAGGUCUAAUAGAUGGCAUGCAGCGGGAAACGGCAAAUCUGAAAGCUGAGAAAGAGUUGUGGAAGAGCAUUGAGAAGAGAUUGAUUGAAGACAACGAAUCGCUUAGGAACGAACGAGGCCGGUUAGAAAAUCUGAAUCACACUCUCCAGAACCUUCUCAACGAGCGUGAGCAAUCAGACACCGAGUCUCAUCGACGUCUUCAAAGACAGAUUGAGGGCCUGGAGACUGAACUCCAGACGACGAAACGAAAGCUCGACAGCGAAAUCGAAGAUGGGAAAAAAAAUGCUUUGCGGCGCGAAUAUGAGCACGAGCAGAGCCAAAAGCGUAUUAACGAUCUGAUGGCAAGCCUUACUUCUACUCGCGAGGACUCCAUUCAAGCCAAGGCAGCUCGGGAUCACUUGCAGGCGAGGGUAGAUGAGACGACCAUUCAGUUGCGUUCCGCAGAAGAACGUCUCCAAGUACUACAAGAGAAGCCAAGCGCAGAUCCGGGAACAGAUAAUCCUGUUGGCGGCGGUGAUGACCCCUUGACUCGUGUGCAAGAACUGUCUGUCGAGGUCUCCGAGCUCAGGCGCGACCUCGAGCUGAAGAUCAACGAGCUAGAGCGUAUCAACGAAGAAGUUGAAACAUACAAGAGCAUCAGCCAGGCUAGCGAGGAGCGUCUCCAAGAAUUAACCGAGACUAACGAUCAGUAUCGCGAAGAGACGCAGAGAACAUUUGAGGAGAAGGAAAGAGCUAUCAGCGAACUCCAGCGACGUGCCGAGGAUAUAUCGACAGAGCUUAUCACCACCAACAACGAGCUAACUCGACUUCGGGACGAGCGAAGUGCCUCAGAACGUAAACUCGACGAACAAAAAGCUGCCUUCGAGACCGAGAUCGUCCGACUCAGAGAUCAAAUUGACGAGCAAAAGGCGCGUGCUGAUGCCCUUCUAGAAGACGUGAAAUCUCAAGCAGGAAUUGCUACCCAGUACCAACAGAAUUAUGAAGACGAACUCGUAAAGCAUGCAGAAGCUGCCAAAACACUGCAAACAAUCCGUACAGAGAGCAAUCAGCUACGCCUGGAAAUGGUCGAACUCAAAACAAGGGCCGAAUCUUCAAUUAACAGCUUACAACAGAAGGAGGAAAGCUGGUCUGAACAGAAAGCUAGGUACGAACGUGAGCUAGCUGAUCUGAGGAAUCGGCGAGAAGAGGUCAUACAACAAAAUACUCUCUUGUAUGGCCAGCUCGAGGAGGUAUCGAAGCAAAUCUCGUUGCUGCAACGAGAUCGUACUUCCCUUGCCGAGAACGAAUCGGACAGUACUUCCGGUCCAGGCCUUGAAAAUUUGCAAGAGGUUAUCAAAUACCUGCGCCGAGAGAAAGAGAUUGUCGAUGUCCAAUAUCAUCUGUCCACUCAGGAGGCAAAGCGUCUUAAACAACAAUUAGAUCAUACUCAGUCGCAGUUAGACGAGACACGUCUAAAGCUCGACCAACAGCUUCGUGCCGAUGCUGAUACGGAGCGAAAUGCACUUAGCCACAACAAGCUUAUGGAGACUCUUAACGAGCUGAAUCUGUACCGGGAGAGCAGCGUUACCCUACGAGCAGAGGCAAAGCGGGCCUCGAACGCGCUUGUUGAGAAGUCAGAGAGAGUGGAAGAGCUUGUUGCUGAAAUGGCACCUCUUCAAACCCGAAUCGUGGAGCUGGAGAACUUGGUAGAAUUACGAGAAGGCGAGAUGAAACUACUUCAAGAAGAUCGAGACCACUGGCAGGCCCGUACCCAAAACAUUCUUGCGAAGUACGAUCGGGUUGACCCGGCAGAAUUAGAAAUGCUCAAGCAAAGGCUUUCUAGUCUUGAGAAAGAGCGGGAUGAAGCUGUCGCUGCUCGAGACUCUUUACAGACUCAAGUCGAAGGAAUUCCGCAACAAGUGGAGAUAGCAAAGCAGGAUCUUCGAGCACGAUUAUCCGAGCAAUUCAAAGCUAGAAAUAAAGAUCUUACUGGGAGAAUCAAUCAAAAGCAGACAGAACUCGACACUGCUAACUCUCGAAGAGCUGAAUUGCAAACGGAGCUUGAUUCUACUAGAGAGCAAUUGAAGUCGCUGCAAGAUCAACCUCCUGCCUCUCAAAUUAAUGGCGUGCAAGAGGAGUCGUCUACAAAUACAUCACAUCCAACCCAGCCAGAACCAGGGUCUCCUCCGAACGAAAAUGGUUCCAGUGCCAGGAUUUCGCAGCUCGAAGCCGAACUUGCGACGAAAGACCAGGAAAUAGAGCGUCUGAAAGCCCAGCAAGACUCGAUAUUUAAGGCACGUGAGACCGAAUUACGGAGCAUGCUCAACAAGAGAUUAGCGGAAGUCAAAGCUCAAAUACAAGCUGCUUCUGCCAAUACCAUCAAGGAACUCGAAGAAAAGCUGCAGGCGAGACAAGAAGAAAUAGAAGCCCUUCGGACAGAAAAGAUGGCCCCUCAGGAUUCGUCGGCCACCAAGGGCGCAAACCCUUCUGGAGAAACCGCUGCUGUGUCCCAGCCACCGGAGACAAAUGAAGAACUUCCGCCACUCUCAGCAGACCAAAUCAGGAUUCUCGUCAGGGAAAACGAGACGGUUCGCAGUAUGAUUCGAACCAAUAUUCGAAUGGCCGUCGACAAGGAGAAAGAGAUUCUGCGCAAGGAAAUUGAGGAGGCGCAAACAGCAAGUGGGCAGGCGCUUCCGAAUUCCACGACUGAAGAACUGGAGAGGAAAUGCGCGGUAGAGAAGGAGGCUUUGGUCAAGGAGCUAGACGACAAGUUCAAGGCGGAGAAGCAAGCUCUCCUCAAAGCUGAGGAAGAGAAGCGAGCGAGUGAGCGACAAGCACUACUGAAAGAGCAAGAGGACAAGAUGGUACGUGAGAAGCAGACGGUUGUCAUCGAGCUCCAGGAGAAGUUUGCAGAGGAAAGACUGGUCUUUAGCAAGGAGUCUGAAAGGAAGAUCGAAGAUCAGGUAGCAUUGGCGGAAAAGCGCAAUGCUGUGAAAGUGAACUUGGCACAGAGCCAAGCACGAAACGCCAUGGCCAAGGUUCAGGUCGUUACGAAAGCCGCAACAGAAACGCCUGAGAAGCCGGUGGGCGAAGUUUGGGCUGUUGCAAAGGAUGCCAAAGCUCUACCAGCAGGAACAGGAACAGGAACAGGAACAGGAACAGGAACAGGAACAGGAACAGGAACAGGAACAGGAGCAGGAACAGCAACAGCAACAGCAACAGCAACACCCAAGCCGACCACUCCUAUUCCUGCUUCUUCCACCCCAUCAUCUGGCGCAAAUCAGAAAGCACAGACUGAGCAAACAGCUUCUGCUGAGAAGGCGCCCGAUCCUCGACCCCAACCAUCUACCACCCACAUCCCAACCGUGAAGUCCGAGCCUCCCACGGCUGCCAAGCCAGACUCCAUAUCAAUCACCCCGAAUCCAUCUCAACCGUCCGAAGCAACCCCGAAACCUGCACCAACCAAUCACGCCGAUCCUGGUCUUGCAGCGGUACGUAGCCUGCACACUAAUCUUCCCAGAGGCAACCGAGGUGGCCGGGGAGGGGCCCAAGCCAACCAGCUCAACCAAGAAGCAAGCACCUCUAAUACUCCACAGCAGUCACAACAGGUGGCUGGCCGUGGUUCUGGUAUCCCACGAGGCGGGCCUCGAGGUAGAGGACAAGGUCGAGGUGGUGCGCCACACGUGCAGACCCAUGCGGCACAAAGUGCGGGCCAAGGCCAGGCCAGCGGGAGUCCCAGGGGAGCAAUGAACCCACAAGCACGGCAAUUCAACCCUCAAGGAAACAAACGAAGUAGGGAAGAUGGUCCAGGGGAUGACCAAGGAGGUAAGCGGAUCCGAGGUGGUGGGGCUGGCACAUAA